GCGUCGAAACGCGGGCCAUGUCUGAUCCGUCCGGUCUUCCCUCAAGUUUAGUCGAUAUACGAACGAAACUACUCCAAUUGAGCCGUGGAAGAGGUAUUUUUGGAGAACGGGCUGGAGAGUAUACAGGACGAAACAGCUGCGAGGGCGUUGCAUCCUGACAUGGCUGCUAUUUACGAGGAUAAAGAAUUCUGCUGGUCUGCGCGUCGCGACGAAUUGGGGCUUACACCGAGUCCUGAGGACGUGGUGUAUAUUCUUGGAUGCGCGGGCGAUUGUCUCCGGAUGGGGAGGUCUGAAGCGGCGUGGAAUCAUGAAGUUCACUUCCCUUUGCUCUGCUUGGCGCUUCGGAACCGAUCAAAAGGUGCUUUUCAACGUCUUGUCAAUGUGAAAUCUUGUUCAUCUGCGUCUAUCAUCCCCGACUACCGCAUCCGCUUCGCACCCGAUAAAAAGAUCGACUUUUGCGUCUACCUCGAUCCCCACCACGAUCCCAACGAUACAAACAUCGCCAGCACCGUCGAUGCUGUUCGCGCGCAUCUUCCAGGUCUGUCAAUAAACCCAACCGACGAUCUAUCGCUAUUGAGCAGUCCAAUCGCCAUUCCCAUCGAGACUAAUCGUCCCGGCGAAGGCUUGGACACUGCCAAUCUUCAAGUCGCGACGUUUUUGACGGCGCAUUUGACGCUUCUCCAACGUCUUCUUGAUGCUGGCGCUUCUGUACCCGUUCAAGAUGGGGAGAAGGCACCCUCGGUUGAUGACCUGGGCUUUUUGCCUAGCCUGAUCGUGCAGGGAAAUACGUGGAACUUUAUCGCAGCGAGUCGUCAAGAUUCUCGAAUCGUGAUCUGGUCAGAAACCUCACUCGGUUCAACGGGCGACAUAUUCGGUAUCUACCAAAUCGUCGCAUCUUUACAAUUACUGCGCCAAUGGAUUGGUACUACAUACUGGCCAUGGCUACGACGCGUCACGCAAAGAGCUGCUACAGCUGCUCAAUUACGCGAUGGACCAGCUGGAUGAAGAUGUCUUAGGAUGAUGCAGUAAGAAACUCAAAUUCAUUGGAGGCCCCUGAGCUUGGAGGACCCCGCGCGGAUACAGCCGGACGCCAAUUAGAUCACUCGGGACGAUUUUAGAUCAUGCCGAAGCAUUGCGGCGUU